AAAUACCUCAACGCUCUUCAUCAGCACAGCAGCUCUUAUGUCAACUAACCAUCACACAGAACAACUGCAGCUUUGAAGAAUUGAAUGCGGCUCCUCACAAAACACAUGGAUUAUCGCUGCUGAUUCAAGAAAACUGAGCAUGGAGACCUUCUCAGAGGAGGCAGGUUGGGAAGGAUCCCUCCAUGCAACCGUUGCAUGGUCUAACUUCUCCUCCUCGUUCUCUGAGCAUACUGGACUUAACAGUACUUUCAAAGGUGGCUCAUACUUCUGGUUGGUGUCUCAAAACAACUCAAUAAACCCCACUCAGACACCUGGUCCGGUCAGGGUGCGGGACAUAUCUCUGGCUAAAGCUGAGAUUGGAGUUCUGGGUCUGGUUCUCGCUCUCACAACACUAGGGAAUGGUUUUGUACUGUGGGUUCUGCUGAGGCGGCGCAAAUACAACGCACCCAUGCACCUAUUCAUGGUCAAUCUGUGUGUUGCAGAUCUUGUGGUGGCGUUUUUUCAGGUGCUCCCGCAGCUAGUAUGGGAUAUCACUGAGAGAUUUCAAGGUCCAGAUGUCCUGUGCCGCUCAGUGAAAUAUCUGCAGAUUGUGGGAAUGUUUGCAUCCUCUUACAUGAUUGUUGCUAUGACAGUGGACCGCCAUUAUGCCAUCUGCUGCCCCCUGCAGGCUUACAAAGGAGGGGCAGUUUCAUGCUGGAAUACACCCAUCAUGGUAGCCUGGGGUCUAGCCCUUGUUCUCAGUGUGCCACAGGUGUUUAUUUUCUCCAGGUCAGAGGUCUCUCCGGGGGUGUUUGAGUGCUGGGGGAAAUUUGCUGAGCCUUGGGGGUUAAAAGCGUAUGUCACCUGGAUGACUAUAGCUGUGUUUCUGCUUCCUACCUUUAUUAUCACCGUUUGUCAGGUACGAAUAUUCAAAGAAAUCCAUGACAACAUCUACCUGAAAUCAGAACGUGUGGUUUCUGCUGACAUGAAGAAUAACCUGGUCAUUUUUCACUUUCCCAUCUUCAAAAAACGGGCCAGCACCGUCCGAGAGAAAGCAAAACGCUCACGAAAGACGAGAGAAACAAGGGAACUUCAUAAAAAGAACACCAACAGUGACUCGUCCCAUUCUCACACCUGUAACUCUGAGGACGCACCAGAGCCGGAUUGUUGUGACCAAUCUUGUCAGGAUGGCUUCAGUCCUAAUGACCUGGCCUCACAGACUCACAGUUCAUCCCCUGAUGUGCUGCCUCACAUUCAGACUCACCCUCACACCAUCUGGAGCAACUCUGCUGCUGUCCAGACACCACAUGGGAACUCUGUUCCUCAGAGGAACUCUUAUAACACCACUACUGAGAACUCCAAUGCUUCUUCAAACCCCUCUUUCCCACCUUGCCCCCUCCAUCCACCUCUUACAGGUGUGUCGAAAGCUAUGUCUAAAACAGUGAGGAUGACUCUGGUCAUUGUGCUUGUCUACACAUUGUGUUGGUCACCCUUCUUCAUUGUACAGCUGUGGGCUGCCUGGGACCCCAAUCCCCCUGACCAAGGAGUGGCUUUCACUAUCCUGAUGCUGUUAGCCAGUCUGAACUCCUGUACGAACCCAUGGAUCUACACAGCCUUUUCCAGCAGCGUGUCCCGUGAACUUCUCGCUCUGCUGCGCUGUCGGCCAAAGCUGCCCCGCAGGAGCUCAAUGCACGACCACUCCAGUGACAUAAACACCUCCACUACCAAGGACAACCAGUACUGACCCCUACAGAAUAAAUCAAAAUUGAGUGUCGGCAGAGACGGAGAUUUAUGCGGAUGUAUCUGUCCUAUGCAUGUUGUCAUGAUAUAUUGCCACAUCUACUAUUCAGAGUAUCUGAUGAUGCCACUUUAACCAAGUGAACUGUGAAGAGUGGCUUAUUAAUGACCAAACAGGACCAAUUCAUGACAUAAAUUUGAGGAUUUUAUGCAAAAAUAGACCUUUUGAGUAUGAGACCGAUCUUUGCCGUCUCAUCAAACAGGAUAAAGAACAGCAUCCUGACUGUCAUAAUAACCUUAAUUAAACUCUAAGGAAAAUAUAAAUAAUUUAUUAAACACUUAAUUCAUCGAAGUAUUGUCCACUAUUGUGUGUGAGAUGGAGAUAAACAUCUUAACUGCAGAGGAAGAAGAGAUCAAGGCCUUAACACCACAGCCAGAUAUUUCAUCCCAUUUAUCAGUCUUUCUGCAGUAAGUCUUCUCCAGAGUCAAAGGACUGAGGAAGAACAUGAAUUAUGUGAUUCAUGCAUGGAAAAUACAUCCAGGGAACAGUUCAAAUCCAUGCCAAACCGAAAAAUCCAGGACUAAAAGUGAUAUACAUUCCUUACUGGACAAAUAUCUGAUGAAUGUCUUUUGUACACGUUCAGUACAAAAUGUACAGGUAUAAAACUGAACGUAUUUUGACGAAUUUGUAUAUUUAAUGAGGCAUACUGAGGAAAUGAUAAUGGUUUUAGUUAGUGGAACACCAGCAGUGUGAAAAACAGCAACACUUUCAGUUCCUCAGUAACAGUCAAAUUAUAUAUAAAGCACUUGAAAGCUUAUUUAAAGUUGUGUGAGAAUAAAAAGAAGUAAUAAUCAAUAUGAGAAGAUAAAUUAAAAUGACAUCAGGUUAUACAGUGCCUUGAAUUGAACUGAUGUACAGUAUAAGUAUUUACCGGUCCUGUUAUCUGAUACUCUGUAAAAAUUGUUUUCUUAAUCAGUAUUUUUGCUUAAAAUAAGAACAAAUCAUUUUCCGGUUGGCCGGAAACAUAAACCACUAAAACGGCAUAUCCUGCAAAUCAAUUAAAUUGAUCUUCUUUUAAGAAUGGCUAAAUAUUGUUGCUAAAAACAAGAACUGAUUAAGAAGAUAUUUUUGUAGCAGUAGCUGAUUUGACACACUGUACAUAUAUAAAGGCUUAGAUUAAAUGAAAACACACAAGAUAUACUGUAAAUAAGUUUAAAAAAUCUAUUGAUACAGAUGUUUAUCUAAAUAUAUUUAUUUUGCAUUUUAAAGAGAAACUGCCUUUCUCGA